AUGUUGCUACCCGGCGAGGACUCUGCUUUUCAUUCACUACACAUCUGGCGGCAGGUUCUCGAGCAGAUGGGUCCUCUGGCGUCCGACAACUCUCUCGCUCAUUUCAAGCUCCCGCCGGAAACGAUCUUCGUUCGAAAUUAA